AUGGACGCUUACGUGGCAGCAUUCCCAGCCACGGAUCAUGGCUAUCGUAUGCGAAUUGGCAACUCACAACACAAGAGCAGCGCAGUCUCGCACUAUGAGUGCUAUCAAUCAGGCUAUCCCUCUGGAAAACCAAGUCUCGUAGGAACAACCAAGUCAGCUCGUAUCGGGUAUCCGGAUGUCAAACCUCGCAAGAAGCCCAAGGACCCCAAGGAUCUCCCUAUACUAGCUCCAGGAGUCUCUCUUGAUGAUGAAGACUCUCUUGACGGAGUUCAUGACAACCACAAUACUCUCGAGAACGACUCAUCAACAUCAAUUCAACAAGCUUGUCCAGACAACUCAUACAAUCAUUUACACAUGGCCAAAUCACUCCUUGUCACUCCACCUCCACAGCCAAACUAUGCCAUCAAGACUGAGCUCAAGUCCCUUCAGAUGAUCGACACUACUAUCUCACAGCUCAGAGCAAAACUCUGCGCUAUCGCCUCAGAUAGACGUCAUGAUGUUCUAAUGAAAAUCCAGACAAUCAUCGGUAACGAACGCAUCAUUGCCGAUGAAGGAAAACUGCCGAUCUCAUUCUUACCCAAAGCACCUAAGGCGCCUGCUCCACGAAUCAGUCAACAAGGCCCAGAUCCACUCAGACUCAUCGCUAGACCUGGGCCUGCAGGAACAGCACUCAGUAAGAAAUCAAUUGUUGAUAGGCUGAUUGAAGAGUUCUGUGGUGCAUCGGAACUUACCACCUCCACCUUCAACUUCGAAGACCUCAUUCUCUCUCAGCCUACACUUGAGCCGCCACAACAAAUCGAUACGAAAAACCCGACCCUGACUGAUGUUCCAUCUUCGACGACUUCACUUGAUACGCAAAGCAAAGGCAAAACAGCGGAACCAAUUGAAUUACAACCAGUCAAUACCAAAACAAAUCCCUCGGCAGUAUUACCACACAAACCAGUAACUUUGACUUUGGCACCCUCACACCAAGUAGGUAUAACACCCAUCACCUUAACUCAAACUUCACCGUCUUCAAUCGCCAGUCGACCGGUCACUCGUAAACGUACCCGCGAGGCUGAUUUACUACAAAGGCCGACUCUGAUCAAUCCCAACCUGCCUGCCCUCCUGAAAAAGUACCAAAUUCACCAAUGGCUGGAACCGUUCGUGAUCAACGCCCGCGAAGUGAAAGGUGAUGGGCAUUGCGGCUUCCGAGCCAUAGCCAUUUCCAUUGGCGAGUCCCAGGAUGAAUGGCUUAGUGUACGCCAACGUAUGGCCGAUACAGUUACAAAUACGGUAGACGACCGCCCCUUACCUGAGAAUCGAGGUGCUGCCAUGGCUCGUCUUCUCACCAGCAAACCCAACGUCGUCAACGAGCAACAGCACUGGCUCGGCAUGCCAAGUUGGGGUGGCAUCAUAGCAAACACCUUCAACCGCCCGGUGUUGUACUACAAACCUGGCGCGUAUAGUCAAAUGGUCUUCCCGUACUCCACACCCUACAAUCUGAACCCUCCCAUUGUCCUUGCCUGGGCCAACCAACACUUUGUCUCUCUACUGCUCGAUUUCACACGACCCAACUUCCCAGCUCCACGCGUCUGCGCAACCUGGAGACGAUUUCAUAAAACCGAGGCCUCAUCCUGGCUCGACGCUUGGCAACAUUCGAUAGAAUCACACGCCCAAUAUAUGAAAAUUCUCUCAUUUUCUGAUCUGAGCAAUGUAUUAAGCAAUGUACAGUCGAGCAAUGCACUUUUUGCCAAACUCCUCUGCUUUCUUCGUGCUGCUGUAACAGUAAUCUGGAAACUUACUCAGCUUAACUUCAUAAAAUCGGGUAUUAAGCUUAUUGAGUUGACAUGUCAUGAAGCUACUGGAUUAUUGGUCUCCAGCGGAUUCACAAUAUACGUACCGUUUGGGAAUAUCAAUAUCCCAAUUGGGCAGGACAACAAACAAGCUGACACACCGUUUCCUCGUUCCAUCAUGACUUCGUGUCGUAUCAUCCGCGGGGUAAAUGAACGUAGUAGGCAACCCAAACCUUGUACGCCCCUGCAACAACAACUAGCGAAGCACCGCAAGCGUGAUUUGGAGCAUGCUGAGGCUUCAAACGCUGCCAUGCUCAGAAGGCUCAAACAGGAAAACCAACCACGACCGCUAUUAGAUGAUAUGGUCGCCGAAAAUAUACCUGCUGCCGACGAAGCUUUGGAUGAGCCAGGUGACGCUGAAGACAAUCUUGACCUGAAUCGAUUCUUGCCCGGUGAAGCCCAUGAGAACGUCGGUGGAGAUGCAGACGACCCGAUGUCAGCGGCCUUGCAAAGAGAAACGCACUUAGCAGAUCAACUGGCACACGAGAAGAAAUGGACUUGGCAGUACGCCAUCAUGUUACCCACCUUCCUUCGAACUAGGUUGAAAACGUCGAAUUGGGGAAACCCGCUCAAUUGGAAUGCCAACCUACGCCCCCCCUGCAACUGCACGAUGAAGACUGAACGAGAUGUUGACCUAGUUGACCUUCUAUGUGAGUUAGGUGGACUUGAUGCCCUGACUCAAACUGGUACGAAUAAUGGGUUACCUCGCUGCGUCCCCCUCGCAGCCGCGCACUGCGUUCUCGCUGCGUCUGAUGGUGCAUCACCACUCUCACAGAACCCAGCGCAUACGGCGGAGUACUUUCAGACACAGUGGGAUCGUCAGCGUGCAUUGCAGCUGAAAGCCAUCAGCGUCAAGUCAAAGGAGAAACGAGAACGCCUUGGCGUGUUGCUCACUCUAGAGGAGGAUCUUUUGGAAGCAAGGCAAGGGUUUUUGCAAAAGCUCACAGAUAUAAAUGCUGCUAAUGCCCCAAUUCGAACUGCCGAACAGCGUCACGAACUUUUGGAUCUACCAGCGUCGCUGGUUGCUCUUGAAACCAAAGUACAAGAAUUAGCGGAUGAACUCGGCAAUGCUGAAUUAUUGACAGCACGACAAGGUACAACGAAUAGGGUUAAGGCGAUUCUUAGUGUCCAGGUGGCGCUAGGGUUUUUGUAUGAGGCUGCAGUUGAUGCGAUUCAACAAAAGGCUGACGCAGCAAGGAAAACCGGCGGGGUGCGGUUGGCAGAGUGGAACUCAGUCCACUCUGGACUGGCUAAACGCACAUGUCGCCUAUGGGCGCUUUGGGAUAGGGGUUUGAUGGAGGUUGUGGAAUCUACCGCCGACUUCGUCAAAGGUAGGGCUGAAGAUGACAAUACGCUGCAUCAAGAGUGGGCAGAUGAGGAGGCAAAUGACAUUGGUAACAUGGAGUUAGAGGACGGCAUCGAUGGACAUGAAGAAAAAGUCGUCAAACAUCGAGAAUGUUCUUCAUAA